GCGCUCAGCGCUGCACGGCGCCUUGCGGAAAAUCCGCGAGGCGCUGCGGCCGCAUCGCUGCAGGCGGCGGCACGGGCAUUCAGUUCUGCAGGAGAGCAUGCUCUCGCAUCGGAGCUGCUUCUUUCUCUCCGCGACGGCGGCGUAGACCGUGAG